AUGCAGGAGAGGAUGUCGUACGACCUAAAAAAGACACCCAUUCUCGACGACAAGACCCUUCCUUCCCCAUCUACAGCAUCGUCCUGCCCCCCGUCAUCAUCUUGGAGACAGACACUCUGGUUCAGGAUGAAGGUCGUCGCAUCCCUCGCCGCUCUGUUGGGCCUUGUUCAGCUGGCCUCGACAUCGCCCGCUCCGCUUGUUGCCCGCAAUGACGCUGCCAAGUCCUCCUCCGCUGCCAGCUCAGGUGGCUUCGACCAGCAGACGUCCGCGUACACUGCAUCGAGCGCGUUCCCAACUUCGAUGUUCGCCUCGUACUUCAACAACCCUCAGUCCAUGACAGCCGAACCACGACCCGUCGUCACCGAUGUCGCACGCAACUCGAUCUUCUCGGAUCUCCUCGCCAACCCCACCAUCCUCCCCCUCGGCCCUUCGCCCUCGGAAGCCGUCUAUCCAGUGGCAACCGGAACUGUUUCGCCCGACAUCGCAUCUCAGGUACGCAAAGAGCUCACCGACAUCUUUGAAGCCAAAGGACCUUCCAACUGCACCAAGUGCACCGACGCCCUCAAAGUGGCUCAGAAACUCGCCCGUCAGUCUCCCAAGGAUGUACCGGACAUGCUCGUUGAGAUGUGCACCAAGUACUCGUACAAGUCCGCGUCGACGUGCAAAAAGACCUACGCUCCUCAAGUGCUCGGUUCGGCCUACUCUCAGGUGCUCAGCUAUGCAGACUUCACCUCGCAGAACAGCACCGACGCGCAGUACAUCUGCAACAUUGUCGUCGGCUCCUCCACUUCCAACUGCACGCUUCCCAAGCCUCGUCAUCUCGACGAACAGUACCUCGACAAAUGGUUCCAUGGCAAACGAACGCCACCUUCGUCGUACAACAUCAACGUUGGCAAGUCUACAAAGAACGGCAAGGACCUGCGAGUGUUGCACAUGUCCGAUAUACACGUCGACCCUCGAUUCUUCGUCGGAGGUGAAGCGUCUUGCACCAAUGGAAGGUGCUGUCGUGCCGAUGCGUACAACUCAACGUUGAGCAGCGGCAACUUCACGCAAGGUAUGCUUCCCAAAUCAAAUAUCUCGGAGGUGUCGAACUACUGGGGCAACUUCAAGUGCGACGCUCCUUGGAGUCUGGCUUUGGCAUCGUUGGAAGCGGUGACUCCGCUGAACGGCGGUGAGGAGGUGGAUAUGACGAUCCACACCGGCGACAUGGUGGUUCACGAUCUUCCUCAAUUCAUCUCGCAGGAUCUUGUCAAGUACACCCACCAGAGCUUGUUCGAUUCCAUCCGGGCGAUGCUCGGCAAAGGUCCCGUCUUCAACGCGAUCGGGAACCACGAUUCCUCGCCAUCCGAUUUCGCCUCGCAGGGGGCGCUCCCAGAUGGACGUUCCGACCAACUAUCCUGGGACUGGGACGAUCUCGCUCGUCUCUGGGAGGCGGAAGGAUGGUUCGACCACGCAGAAGCCGAACAAGUCCGCUCUCACUACGGCGGUUACUCGGUCACCCCGCGUAAAGGUCUUCGUAUCAUUGCGAUCAACACGGACUUCUGGUACAAGAACAACGUCUUCAACAUGAUCCACACGCAGAACCCGGACUUCUCGGGUACUCUUCGAUACCUGACCGACGAGCUCUUCCACGCUGAGAAGCGCGGAGAGCGCGUGUGGAUCGUAGGACACGUUCUGACCGGAUGGGAUGGAUCGAACCCGCUGGACAACCCGACCAACCUGUUCUACCAGAUCGUGGAUCGUUUCGCGCCGCACGUGAUUGCCCACAUCUUCUUCGGACACACGCACGAGGAUCAGUUCAACGUGUUUUACGCAAACAACGCGACUAGCAGGGCAGCGGAGAAGGCAAAAGCGGUGAGCUUCAUGGCUCCGAGUGUCACUCCGGGCAACAACGUCAAUCCGGCAUUGAGGAUCAUGCACGUCAACGCGAGUACGUACGAGGUGAUGGACUACCACCAGUUCUACACCCCCGUCACUGCAUUCCCCGAUCUCGGACAUACAGAACACGGUCCCGUGUACGAGUACCUGUACUCGGCUAGGAGUGCGUACGGAAACUUCAGCGCUUCGGAUGCCAACUCGACGAGCAAGAUUGGUGGAGAUGGUGUUUGGCCCAAGAACGCACCGCUCAACGCGACGUUCUGGGCAAAGCUGACGGAAGAGAUGGGUGUCAGGAAGGAGCUGGUCCAGCAGUUCACGGUUUACCAGGGUAGGAACAGUCCCAAGGCUCCAAAGUGCGUGGCGGACGAGUGUGUUGCUGCAAAGAUCUGCUACAUGCAGAGCGGGUCGGCGAUCUUGGGUAAACAGUGCAAGCAGGGGUACGGGAGUGUUCAGGGUUGA